CUCGAAUACUGUACAUGUUUAUUUCAGGAAACUGCUCUGGCUUCUUUAGCCUUCAGGGGGGAAAACGGGUGCGUUUCAGCUCCGCCGCUUUUCAAACCGAAACCGGAGGAAGACAUGACGCUGCGAGAGUGAAGGGCAGAUAAAAGAUGGUGUUCGAGUCGCUGGUGGUGGACGUCCUGAACAGGUUUCUCGGGGACUACGUGGUGAACCUCGACAGCUCCCAACUCAAUCUGGGGAUAUGGGGAGGUGAUGCGAUUCUGAGGAAUCUGGAAAUAAAAGAAAAUGCUUUGAGCCAGCUGGACAUUCCUUUUAAGGUCAAGGCGGGGCAUAUAGGUCGCCUGGAACUGAAGAUCCCAUGGAAGAAUCUGUACACGCAGUCGGUGGAGGCCUCACUCGAUGAGGUCUACCUGCUCAUCGUCCCCACCGCCAGUAUAAAGUAUGAUGCUGAGAAGGAGGAGAAGCAGCUGCAGGAGGCUCGGCAGAGAGAGCUUCAGAGGAUCGAGGAAACCAAACUGAAAGUGGCAGAGCAAGAAAAUCCAAAGACAGAAAAGCAGGACACCUUUGUGGAGAAACUGGUCACGCAGGUGAUCAAAAACCUGCAAGUGAAAAUUUCUAAUAUUCACAUUCGCUAUGAAGACAGUGUCACCAAUCCGAAUUCACCUCUUUCAUUCGGAGUGUCUCUUCAAAACCUCAGUCUCCAGACAGCAGACGCAAACUGGAAGCCUUGCUUGCUGGAUGAGAAGGCCAAGCUGUUUUUUAAGCUUGUCCGUCUGGAUAAUCUCUUUGCGUACUGGAACGUGAACUCAGAGCUGUACUCCGUUCACCCUCCCCUUAAAGCCCUGCAACGUCUGCAGCAAAACUUGGCUGUUCAGGACACCAUCCCUCAUGAUUAUCAAUUCAUUUUCCGUCCGAUUUCUGCCAAUGCCAAGCUCCGUAUGAACCCUCGCUCGGACGUGGACUUCUCCUCGCCGAAGGUAGAUCUGGUGGUCAACCUGCCCGAAGUGGCUGUGGAGCUCAGCAGAACACAGUAUGUCAGCAUUCUGGAGCUCUUGGGCUCUGUGGAUAUGAUGUCGCGCAAUCUUCCGUACAGGAAGUAUCGUCCGGACGUGCCUGUCCACACCAACGCAAGCCAGUGGUGGCUUUAUGUCAUCAAGGGAAUCUUGGAGGUGAACAUAAAACCCUCGCUGCACAUGUGGUCUUGGAAACACAUUAAACGGCACCGGCAGCAAGUAAAGCAGUGCAAAGAACUUUAUAUGACCAAGAUCACCAACAAGAAGCCUGCAGAGACCCUGCUCAAAAAGCUGGAGGAGACGGAAAAAUGCCUGGACAUUUUUAAUAUCACGCUCGCAAGACAACAAGCCGAGAUGGAGGCCUCCAAAGCUGGCCUGCGGAUCUACCGGCCCGGGUUGAAGAUGGAGGAGGAGGAGUCGCAGGGCUGGUUCGGCUGGAUGUGGAACUGGUCCGGGGACAGCAGCGCUCCAACAAAAGAGGUCAAACCUGGAGCUUUUGACACACUGAUGACCCCAGCGGAGAAAGCCAAACUUUACACUGCCAUCGGAUACAGUGAGACAGCGGUCAAUCCUAACCUGCCAAAGAAUUUUGAGGACAUGAACAUCCGUUUCCAGUUGGUGAGCAUGUCUGUGUCGAUCAAAGAGAGCAAAGACAAGCCUGAGAUUAUCAAACUAUCCGUCAUCGACCUGAGAGCCAUGCUGGCGCAGAGAUCAUCUGCUCAGGCGAUAAAGAUCUCAGCUCAGCUGUCAUCAUUCGAGGUGACAGGUGUGUUGAGGAACAGCGUCGCUCCCACGCUGCUUUCUCCUCGUCGUGCGGUGGAGGAUGACAAGCCUCUGCUCAGCCUCAUGUUUGAGACCAACCCACUGGAUGGCAAGGCAGAUCAGAGAUUGCACGUGGAAUCGCAGCCGCUGGAGAUCAUUUACGAUGCGAUGACGGUGAAUAACCUUUCAGCGUUCUUCAUGCCUCCAAAUGACCUGCAGCUGGACGAACUGACGAACGCUACACGCAUGAAGCUGGAGCAGUUCCGCGACAGAACCUCAACUGGACUUAUGUACAUCAUCGAGACACAGAAAGUUCUUGACCUGAACAUCAACCUGAUGGCGUCCUACGUCUUCGUGCCCCAAAUGGGCUUCUAUGAUCCUAAGCACAACCUCAUCAUUCUGGAUCUGGGACACUUUCAGAUGUCCAGUCAGAGCAAAGAGAAUUUGCCGCAACUCUCCGCGGGAAAGACCUCCAUCGAGGACAUCAUGUCUCGAGCCUACGACCGCUUCGAUGUUCAACUCACCAGCCUGCAGCUGCUAUACUCUAAGCCAGGUGAAGACUGGCAGAGUGCUCGGAAGCUCCGACAGUCUUCCCUUCACAUUCUGGAGCCCGUCGACUUGAAGGUGGUUUUUAGCAGAGCGAUGGUGGUCACAGACUCAAGGAUGCCAAAGUUUGAGAUAUUCGGCGAACUUCGUCUGCUCUCGCUCCGCAUCUCUGAUGACAAAGUCCGUGGCAUCUUGGAGCUGAUCGACAGCAUUCCUCUUCCCGAGAGUCGGCCUGCGCCGCGGAGUUCUGCCGCGCAAAGUACUCCCAAGGUUUUCAAAUCAAGAGACACCCCUCAGCUGACCCCAAGAAAACCAGCUAUGGUUGACCUGCGCUCUUCAAUAAUAUUUGACUCAGGAUCGGAGGAGGACUUGUUCUUUGACGCACCAAGUUCGCCGAUUGAGGACAUGCCAUUUUUUGAGGCCAGUUCGGGCUCCUUAGAGAAACUAACCUCGGUAAAGAGGAAAACAAUGGUGAAACAUGACCCCAAGAAGAACAUGACAGAGUUUCUGCUAAAGUUCGAGAUAAACCUGUUGUCGAUCCAGCUGUGCCGCCUUUCAGCUGGCUUGGAGGUUCCCGUCCUCCGUCUGGAAAUCGAAGGUCUGGGGACAGAGCUGAAAGUGCGCACAUUCGAUAUGUCUUCCUCCACAUUCCUUCGGGAAAUCUGUCUGGAGUGCUCAGAGUACAUGGAUGGAGAAGACAAGAAGGUUCACCUCAUCACCACUCUGGAUAACACCGAGGAUGAUCUGCUCUCACUGGAGUACAUUAAGGCGGACAAGAACGCUCCCGAUUUCAAAUCGGCUUAUAACAACACAGAGCAGCUUAUCAAGGUAAACUUCUCAUCCUUGGAUGUGCACCUCCACACGGAAGCCCUCCUGAACUCCAUGAACUUCCUGAACAGUCUCCUACCGCCCGCAAAGAAGGAGGAGUCUGUCGAGCAGCCUUCGUCCCAACGCGAUGACGAGGGGGAGGGAGACAGCGAGGAGGAGAAGAAAGAGGAGUCGACCAUUUCCAAGAAAUCCACUACUAAGAAGUCAAAGUUUGAGGACGUGGUAAAUUUGCACAUUAGAGCAGAUCUGUCCUGUCUGAAGGUCUUCAUCAGAGGACAGAAAGCCAGAAUCUCCGAGAUUAGUAUAGAAGGCCUGGAGUCUGAAGUAAAGAUGAAAAAGAAAUCAGUUGAGAUCCUAGCUAACCUGAAGAACAUUGUCAUAUUAGACUGUGACAAAGACGCUCUGUACAAAGAGGCAGUGUCUGUGGCAGAUAAGGACGUGUUCGGUUUCCACAUGGUGAACUAUGUGGACGCUACAGACGGAGACGCCUACACAGACAUGAAGAUAGUGGACACCAGCGUCACUCUGACCGUAGGCUGCAUCCAGGUCAUCUUUCUUAACAAGUUCGUCUCCUCAGUACUGGCCUUCAUCAAUAACUUCCAGGAAGCUAAAGACGCUUUAGCGGAGGUCACGGUGCAGGCAGCGGAAAAAGCAGCCACGGGCGUGUUGGAACUCGCGGAGAAAAGCACUCGCAUUUCGCUGGACGUGAACAUCAAAGCACCUGUCGUUUUCCUCCCGCAGUCGUCCGUUUCUACCAACGUCAUUGUGGCUGAUCUGGGUUUGGUCACGGUCAAGAACCAUUUUGAAAUCGUGCCGUCUAAAAAACACACCGCGAUCCCUCCCGUACUGGACGUCAUGAGUGUGGCUCUGAGUGAGCUGAAGAUGUACAGAACCACGUUUAAAGACGGCCAAUUCCAGAGUGAGAUUCAGUUACUGAUGCCUGUGAACAUGGACCUGUCAAUCACACGCAAUCUCUCCGCCUCCUGGUAUCACAGCAUCCCCGACAACCAGAUCAACGCACACCUCAAGCCCAUGAGUCUGAUCCUGAGUCAGGAGGACCUAACUGUGGUGCUGAAGACUCUGAAUGAGAACCUGUCCGAAACUUCCGAUGCAGUUCCUCCUCCUAAAACGCCCGAUAAGGCCGAGACCGGGUCUACCAAAGACUCCCAGGAAUCUGGAGCAGGGACCACGGUGGUGACUUCUGCAGUGGUGGAGGGACAAAAGAGCGCCAAACUGAAAAGCACGCUAAAACUCCACUUCAAGUUCGAUUCAAUGACUCUGGUUCUCUACAGCUCAAGUGGUGCUGAGACCGCAUUACUGGACUCUCACGAUGAACAGCUGAAGCUGGCGGAGUUCACCCUGGGCACCAUCUCCACCGCGGUGCACAUGUUCUCAGACAGCUCCAUGAAAGCCUCUGUCAAACUCGCCGAAUGUCUGUUAGAUGAUAAAAGGAAGAGGGUCAAAAUGAUCACUUCCAGGAUGAUGGCGAUGCGAAAGGGCGCUGAGAAGAACGUCAUGGUGGAGGUGAACUAUCGGCAGGGUCGGGACGGCACCACGCUCGAUACCGUUGUUCAGGAUCUGUACCUCUGCGCCAGCAUGGAGUUCCUGCUCACGGUGGCUGAUGUCUUCCUGAAAGCUAUGGAUCAGGGCUUCUCGAGCCAACACAAGAGCAGCAGGCCGGCCUCUACUUCCACCAAAGAUUCAGCAGCUCCUACUCAGCCCUUGGUGGCAAAGUCGGAGAUGAAUGUGAUGGUGAAGAACCCCGAGAUCGUGUUCGUGGCCGACCUGAGCCGUGCCGAUGCCCCGGCCCUCGUAAUGACCACGCAGUGCGAGCUGGUAAUGAAGAGUGACAUUGCAGGCCAGCUCAUGACAGCCGCCAUCACCGAUCUGAAGGUGGUAGCGUGCCCGUUUGUGUGUGGCGAAGAUGAGAGCAACAUCACUACGGUGCUGCAGCCGUGCCAGGUGUUCUUCAAACAAACCCAGUCGUCUACUCAGCCUCAAAAAAUAGAGCUCGCAAUAAACUCCCUCACGCUGAAGGUGUCACCAAUCAUUAUAAACACAGUCAUCACUAUCCAGUCAGCGCUGACCCCUGCAGCUGAGACCCCUGAGGAGCUGGAGAGCCCAGUGCCCCCGGACCUGUGGGAGCGCAGGGACUGGCGCGACCUCAAACUCUGGUUUCUGGAGGAGGAGGGGGAGGAAGACGCCAAGGCCGUGCAACCGCUCAAACCUCUGGGCGAGUCACUCCAGCUUAGGAUUUCCUCCAUUUGCCUGACUUUAGAGGCUGGUGUGGGUCAUCGCACUGUCCCCAUGAUGCUUGCCAAAUCCUCUUUUCAUGGAGAUGUGACGGACUGGAGCACACUGAUUAACCUGCAGUGUCGCCUUAACAUGGAGGUCAAUUACUAUAACGAGAAUAUGGGAGUGUGGGAGCCACUUUUGGAGCCGCUUGAAGACGAAACUAAGGACGGUUUCAGACCAUGGACGCUGGAAUUAAAGAUGAAGAAAAAGCCUGUGAAGCGAUCCAGUAUUGCCGAUGAGGUGGACUACAAGGUGCCGGAUUACAAAACAGUAAUCAGCAUCAACAGCAACGACCAGCUGAACAUCACUCUCACCAAAUGUGGACUGAACAUGCUGAGUAAUUUAGGAACGGCGUUUGCGGAAGCCGCCAAGCAGACGGCAGAGUGUUUCCAAAAGGACCAGGCUCCGAUCGUGGUGAAGAAUCGGUUAGGGUUAGCAGUGGCUGUCCUGUACAGCGAGGUGUUCAAACCGAUAGGGAAGACCUCGAAAGGCCGCGUGGUGGAGCUGCAGGAUGGGGAGAGCUUAAACAUGGACUACACUCUCACUGCUGUGGAUGCUGAUCAGUUCUCAGCGAUGACCAGCUUAAGCAGCAAGAACUUCAUCCAGCCUACCCCCGUCGGCCACACCUCGGCCAGCAUCAUCCCACUGAUCAAAGUGGGCCGCAACAUGUACAGCGUCACGCACCUGAAGUCUGGGGUCACGCGCUUCUUCGUCUGUCAGAUUUACUCCAACGAGGGCAGCAAGUUUGUCAAGAUCCGGUCACCUUUUAUGAUCAUGAAUCACUUUUCGCUGCCAUUCCGGGUGUUUGAGGGCUCCACGUGUCUGGGCAUCUGUUCACCUACUGAGGAGUUCUGUGUCCCUCUUGGCUCCUACAGAUCGGAUCUUACCCUGCAGCCCGUAAUCGAGGGAGACGAGCAGUACGAGAACUCUGAGAGCUUCAACUACGAAACCCUCAAGCAGAAACCCGAUGAACGUGUGGAGAGGACGUGUCAUCACCCUGGCGACGCUACUCUCAUUUUCAAGGUCAACAUGGUUCCUGUUCAGGACACUGUGAUGUCCCACAGCACCGAGGAGGAGAUUGACCAACCAUAUGUCCUCCAUUUGUGGCCUCCCAUACUUCUCCGGAACCUUCUACCCUACCCCAUCACUUACGGCGUAAUGGUGAACGGAAACUCUGCCCCCACGAUGCUGAAGGAGGGCCACUCGUCUCAGCUUCACACGGCCGUCACGGACAACCCCAGUCUCGAGCUGAAACUCCUCGGCUACCUGCAGCAGGACUGGGAGGCCGAGUGCCACCUGCGCUCCGAUCACGACGAGAUCAGUUUCAUCACGUUUCACUCGUGCAGCCCGUCGGAGGAGGAAGUCGACGGGUUUGCCGUGAAGGUGGAGCUCGAUAUCGCUGUCCACGUCAAGAAGGAGGUGGGCCAAGUAGUGGUAGCCAUCCAUUCCCCUUAUUGGAUGGUGAACAAGACGGGCAGGCUGCUGCAGUAUAAAGCCGACGACAUCCAUCGCAAACAUCCCAAAGAUUAUGACAUGCCUCUGCUGUUCUCUUUUAAACCUCGUAACUUCCUGCAAAAUAACAAGGUCCGCUUGAUGAUUUCAGACAGCGAGCUCUCGGACGACUUCUCGAUAGACACAGUCGGGAGUUACGGUGACGUCAAAUGUAAAGGAAGAGCCAAAGAUUACCUGGUGGGGGUGAAGAUUGAUGCGAGCAGUUUCAGUCUGACGCGCCUGGUAACGUUCCUGCCCUUCUACAUGCUGGUAAACAGAACAAAGCACGUAAUCCAAGUGUGCGAAGAGGGACAGGAUGAAUGGACUUGUGCGAAACCUGGAGAGACCGCCACUCCUUUCUGGCCAGAGAGAGAUUCCAAGAAGCUCAAAGUGAAAGUGGACGGGUCCCAGUCGACCGCUCAAACCAUCGGCUUCCAUCAACCCGAGAACUGCCUCCUACUGCACCUUGACAACACCCUGGGUGGCAUCAUCGUCGACGUGAACCUGACCGAGCAUUCGGCUGUAAUCCGGUUCUCCGAGUACCAUGACGGUGCAGCUCCUUUCCUUCUCAUCAACCACACCAAGGAAAGCACGCUGGAGUUCCACCAGAGCUGCAAGGAGCGUAGACCCUCCACUUGGGUUCCAGAAGGAACCUUACCUUUGGGGGAGAACAGAAAGUCCAUCUGCUCUCAGAAGCUGGAAAUGGAUGAGCUGGGUCCAGGCCAGGCCGUCUACUACACAUGGGCCGAGCCCACGGGUUCCCGGGUUCUCCGAUGGAGCAUGGGACUUUACAGUGGUGAGCUGAAGAAUGAGGAGGACCUGCUGCUAGACAAUGAGGGGAAGCUGUUCGUCAUCUCGUUUUACGAGGGCCUCCAGCGCGUGGUGCUGUUCACCUCAGAGCGGCGUGUCUUCAAGCAGUUAUGUGAGAGCGAAAGGGUGGAGCUAGCCGAACAGGAAAUAAGCCUCUCGCUGCAGGAUAUGGGCAUCUCACUGGUCAACAACAGCACCAGCCAGGAAGUGGCAUACAUCGGGAUUACCAGCUCUGACGUCGUGUGGGAGACCAAGCCGAAGAAGAAGAGGCGCUGGAAGGUUAUGAGCGGGAAAGACGCCGAGCUGUUAGAGCAGCACUACAAAGAGUAUACAGAGAGCAACCCUGUGGAUAACAGCAUCCUAGACCUAGACAACGGAUACCAGGUGAGUUUGACUCCUAACGGUGCGGAGAUGAGGAUAAUGCAGCCUUACGACGCGCCUCUACGACGGAACUUUCUUCCAGCCCUGAAGGUCGAGUACAGCGUCUCGGCCAGACAGCAAGCGUACCGUGUGCAAAUUAACAGGAUUCAGAUCCAAAAUCAGCUCUCUGGGGCCAUUUUCCCAUUUGUGUUCUACCCUAUUAAACCUCCCAAAUCAGUCAGAAUGGACUCAGAGGCAAAACCAUUCAUUGACCUCAGUCUCAUCACGAGAGCAGCAGGACACUCGGACAUCCAGCGUAUCAAGUAUUUUAAGGUGUUGAUUCAGGAAAUGGAUCUGCGUUUGGACCUGGGCUUCUUGUACGCCAUUUUGGACCUGUUCACUGCCGAGAACGCUGCCGCCAUCACCUCCGACCAGGAGGUGGAGCUGUUUGAGAAGGACAUCGAGUAUUUAAAGACGGGAUUGAACCACGUGUCCGCCACCGACACGUCCCCUAUCAGCCUUUACGAGUACUUCCACAUCUCUCCCAUUAAGCUUCAUCUGAGCUUCUCUCUGAGUUCUGGCGGGGAGGACGGGAACAAGGAAAAGAGAGAGACUGAGCUGAUUCCUGUGCAAUCCCUUAACCUGCUGCUGAAGAGUAUAGGAGCGACACUAACCGACGUCCAGGACGUCGUCUUCAAGCUGGCGUUCUUUGAGCUGACUUUCCAGUUUCGCACCACGCAGCAGCUCCAGUGGGAGGUCAUCCGCCAUUACUCCAAACAGGCUAUCAAGCAAAUGUACGUACUAGUGCUGGGUUUAGACGUCCUUGGCAACCCAUUUGGUCUGAUCCGAGGUUUGUCAGAGGGAGUCGAGGCCUUCUUUUAUGAGCCAUAUCAGGGAGCAAUUCAAGGUCCGGAGGAGUUCAUGGAGGGUGUGGCUUUGGGUAUGAAGGCUCUUGUUGGAGGUGCAGUAGGGGGUUUAGCCGGAGCAGCAUCUCGUAUCACCGGUGCGAUGGCUAAAGGUGUGGCUGCAAUGACGAUGGAUGAGGAGUAUCAGCAGAAAAGGAGAGAAGCCAUGAACAAGCAGCCGAGCGGUUUAAAAGAGGGUCUGACCAGAGGAGGGAAAGGGCUUGUCUCUGGCUUUGUGAGUGGCAUUACAGGCAUCGUUACUAAACCUAUCAAAGGUGCUCAGAAGGAGGGAGCAGCAGGUUUCUUUAAGGGUGUUGGCAAAGGUCUGGUAGGAGCCGUGACUCGUCCAACAGGGGGCAUCAUUGACAUGGCGAGUAGCACUUUCCAGGGCAUCAAGAGAGCGGCAGAAACGUCUCAGGAUGUAGUGAGCUUGCGACCGCCGCGUUUCAUACACGAGGACGGCGUCAUCAGACCGUAUAAAGAGAGGGAGGGCAUCGGCAGCCAGAUGUUACAGAAAAUUGAAAAUGGACGGUUUGCGAGGUACAGGUACUUUGCUCAUGCCAAGGUGAACGAGUCAGAUUUCCUGAUGAUCACUAAAAGGGGUAUUUUUUUUGUUACAACGGGCACUUUUGGCCAGUUGACGUGCGAGUGGCAGUAUCUAUUUGAUGAGUUUACCAAAGAUCCCAUGAUUGUAGAAGAGAGAAGACUGCGCAUUGAGGCAAAGGAAAGGGUGAAGUCUGUGUUUCAUGCCAAAGAGUUUGGGAAGAUCAUCAACUUCAAGACUCCAGAAAUAGCCAAGUGGGUUCUGACCAAGCUUCAGGAUGCCAGGGAAAGCCUUCAGAAAUAAGCCAUGUGUGUGUGCGGGCUCACUCUCUCACACACACACACCUACACACACAUAAAGAGAGACUCUGGAAUCCUGAGUUUGUGCCUUUACUUAUAUGCAAAACUACAAAACACCACACUUUAUAGGCUGUACAUCAGUCACUCAGAAAAAAAAGAGAAAAAAAAUCAUCCGUUAGUGACUGUUAUUAAAAGUGCGUGUAUGCGUGUGUUCUCGUUUACAGCGUCGUUUUAGUUACUACAUCGUGUCACUCACUCACUCACGUGCAUCCAUUAUGUAUAGAAAUCACAGGAACUACGUAAUGUAUAAAAGUCGGUCUUAUUAAUUUCGCGAAGCAUGCCAUUGAAGGAACAAUAUUUUUGUAAAAAUCGAUCACAUGAUGUAUGAUAGGAAAACACGUUAUCAGUUCAGAGUAAUCACUGCACUCAAAGUGUUGCAUUCCAUAGCUACAGUACCAUGGGUAAAUACUAAUGCACUGCUUGUUGCGCCGUUACGACACAUCUUACAGGUUUUAUUUGUUUGAGUGGAUAAAUAACGACCAAUGUUUACCAUAUUUACACGUUUUCUAUAUUGUUCAGUUUAUACCCUUAACAUAUCAGCAUGCCAUUCUCUACAAACAAGUUUAUUUUUGUACUUGUGGCUUUUGCAUGAAAUCUUUCCUUUAGCCAUAAGUGUCUAUACUUAAUUGUUUACACUUUCUCAACAGUUGAACUGUAAAUAUUCAGUGGCUUGAGUACGUACUUUUGGUUUUGUUCUUUUCUAUGCAGCUCAUGCUGAUGUACUACUGUUCCACAUCUGUACCUUUAAAAACACUCAACCCGACUCUGAAAUAUUAAUAUGCAAUAAGGACUCUUAUUCGCCCUUUAGUGGCACUAAUGUACAAUUUGUUAAUUAGGUAUUUAUCGAUUUUUGAUUAUUUCAACAGCGUCCUGUUUUUGUUUUUUUAAUUGGGUAUACAUAAUUAUUAAUAAAUGUAUUUUUGAUCAA